UUCACACACACACACAUCACAUUAAUUACGGUGUAAAUAAAUUUUUGUUUCAAGCAAAUCAAAGUUUUAUAUAUUGAUCAUAUUUGACUUGCAUGAAAACGAUGGCUAUGACAAUUUCCAAUCAACAAUUUAAAAUUGUUUUACUUGGUGAAGGUUGUGUUGGAAAAACAUCGUUAGUGUUAAGAUAUGUGGAGAAUAAAUUCAGUGAAACGAAUCAAUCAACAUUACAGGCAUCAUUUUUGACUAAAAAUAUAUUCGUUCAAAAUAUGCCAAUCACGUUGAAUAUUUGGGAUACAGCAGGCCAGGAACGUUUUCAUGCUGUUGGUCCAUUAUAUUAUCGUGAUUCAAAUGGUGCUCUACUUGUUUACGAUGUAACCGAUCCAGAUUCAUUGGCCAAGGUUAAAGUUUGGAUCAAAGAAUUACGUAAAGUUUUAGGAAAUGAUGUAUGCAUAGCGAUUAUUGGUAAUAAAAUAGAUCUUCUAUCCGGCUUGGAACGUGAUCAAAUGAAUAAUGUAUUGAUCGCUGAAGCUCAAAGCUAUGCAACAACAGCCGGUGCUACACAUUAUUGUACAUCAGCCAAAACUAAUUAUGGAAUCGAUGAUGUAUUCCUUAAUCUAACGAAACAAAUGAUAUCAUUCAAUCAAACACAACAGCUAAAUCCUAGGGCUUUAAAUUCAACGGUCACAAGAGGGAUUUCGAUUGCAGCUGAUAAUGAAAUCAAUAAUCCAAAUGAUCUACAAUCUAAACGUAGAUGUUGUUGAAAUUGAAAACAAAAGAAUUGCUGGCCCAAAUAUUUUCGUUUUUUUUUCUUUGGGUCAACACACUAAG